UUCUAUUUCAUGAACAGGACAGAUGGAGUAUCCCCUGCUCUUCCUCAGUGCUCUGAUUGGGUGGUCUCUGGCAUUCAUGCCAUCUCUGCCACCAGAUGGUGAGAGCCUGACACACUCUGUAAUGACAAUGGAGGCACUGCUCGAAGUCGCAAGCACUGCUUGCAGAGAAGAAGCUCAGGCUAAUGGACAGACCUACACUAGACCGGACCCCUUGACCCCACAGAAUCUGCUGCUUGCCUGCUUAGGUGCUUCAGAGGAAGCAGGCAUAUCAUCAUCAAAGUUCACAGAGGUGCUGGAUGAAAUCAUUUCUCAGAACACUAAUAUUGAUGACCUGAAUGGCCUGGGUGGAAGUCCUGCCCACCACUUCAAUGACGAAGUACUGGAACAAGGACGGGACAUCAUUACUGAGGGUGUUUCCGUCAUCAAAGCCAGCCUAGGACAGGAUGACUUUGAAACAGCCAGGCGUGCACUUGGGGCUGUUACCCAUACUCUCCAGGAUUUCUACAGUCACAGUAACUGGAUUGAGCUGGGAAAUAAAGACCCUUACGAAAAGUUGCUGCGCCCUGACCUUCAACUCGACAACCUUGCAGAUGCAACCACCCCAACCUGUAAUGACUGUCAGGAAAGAGAGUGUCCUAAUGUUAUCCUACCAGAGAUACUGAGCAGAAAAACACUCACUUCAGGAUAUGUGAGCCCAACACCCCAAGGUAAAUGUAAUCAUGGUGAUGACACAAGGGGUGGGAUCAAUAAGGACAUGAGUGGUGGGAAGGUGGGCCCAGAUGGCACUGACCCUCAUCUAGCUGCUUACUUCACUGCAACUCAGGCCACUAAGGACCUGCUGCAGGACAUCCGCACUGCAUUUGGAAAUGCAAAUUUCUUACGUUUGUUGGGUAUUACUCGAUCAUCCGUGGUGUGUUUUGUCAUUGAUACGACUGGUAGUAUGAGAGAUGACAUUGCACAGGUACGGAAACUGACCGCUGACAUAAUUAACAACAAUGUUGGAACUCCAGAUGAGCCUUCCUUGUACAUUCUGGUUGAAUUUAAUGACCCAGAUGUAAAGGCACCGGUGAGUACCACAGAUCCUGAGAAAAUGCUACAAAUGGUCAACAGCAUCAUAGUUGGUGGAGGUGGAGACAUUCCAGAGUACAGUCUGACAGGAAUUAAGUUUGCCCUCACAGCAGCCCCGCCCUCAUCAAAGAUCUUUGUGUUCACUGAUGCCCCUGCUAAGGACUUUGAACUGAAUGGCACUGUGACAUCCCUGGCCCAAAGCAAACAGACCCAGAUAUCAUUUUUGCUGACGAAUGCCUUAAACGGUGUUAGGAGGAGGAGAAGAAGGAGUGCAGUAACAAACCCAUCCAAUAGUCUGUACCAGCAGCUGGCUCAAAGCUCAGGUGGAACGGCCAUUGAGGUCACUAAAGGCACAAUUUCGCAGGCAACUAAGAUCAUUGAAGACUCUGUUACAUCUUCUCAGGUGACUCUGCUCCAGAUUGACUCCAAUCAGCCUGAUAUGUUUAACUUCAUUGUGGAUCCAAGAGUUCAGAGGGUAAUCUUAUAUAUCACAGGACUGUCAAUUAGCUUCACCCUGCAGAACCCCUCAGGAGUUUCUCAGGAGAGUACAGUAGAAUCGGGUCCACUGGCUUCAGUAUCUGCAGUGGGGAAUCUGAUCAGAGUAUCUCUUAAUGAAGGAAAUCUGACGGGCAGAUGGUUCAUCACUAUUAGAUCUUCCCAGGCUUACUCUCUCCAAGUUACAGGACGCAGCUCGCUGGAUUUUAUGUCCCAGUUUGUGGAGGAGUUUGGUGGACCACAUCCAGGUUUUGCUAUGAUACCAGCCAGGCCUCCUGCAGGUCAGAAUGCAAUUCUCCGGCUAAUAGUAACGGGGGUUGACACGCUGUUUGAGGUGAAGCUGAGUUUGGUGAGUGCAAACGGAGAGCUUCUGAGGAACGCUAGUGUAUCGAGAUUAAGUGGGAGUACGUAUCUUGCCAGAGUGUCUCGUCUGCCGGAUGUCCCGUUCAUUCUGCUGCUGACAGGGCAGGAGUCAGAUGGACAGCCCUUCCAGAGGCAAUCGACCACUCAGAUUCAGGCAUCACAGCUCACUUUGCAGGUGCAGAAUUCGGUUGUCAUGGUACCAGGUCAGAGCAUAAUUGUCCCAUUUACCGUGGAUGCCCGUGGAAUUGAGGGUGUCACGGUUAUACGUGUCCAGGAUGAUCAAGGAUUUGUAAGAGAAUUUGAUGCCAGCUUAACCUUAAAUGAUGUCACAGGCAAUGCGACUGGCCAGCUGAGUCUCAGUAUACCCACUGGAACCCCGCCAGGCACCUCCUCAGUCGUGACCUUAGAGGCCGAGUCUACCACAGCUCGUCAAUCAAACUUUGCUCUCCUCCGUGCAUCCGUCAUCCGAGAGGUCAUUGAUUUGACCCCGCCUGUAUGCCGUGUGGUUAAUGAGAGUCUGGACUGCCCUGCUCUGUGUGGGAAUGCUACGUGGCAGGUGACGUUGCUCAUGACAGACGGUAACGGCACUGGACUCCAGGACCCUCGCAUAUCAGUCACCAUUCCAGAUACACCCUUGAAUGAGACGUCCACCUCGAUCAUCACUGACAUCAAAGAUGAAAAUGGCUUCAAUGCCACUUUGCUGACUUUCAGUGCUUCCUGCUGCGUGACUGCUGUGGAGAUUUCUGCGGUGGACAAAGAGGCCAAUGUGGGCCGGUGCGACUUCAGCAUCAGACGGCCCAGCACGUCCACGGAGCCUCCUCAAAUCACGUCAACACCCUCACACAGCCCCAGAUUAACUGUGUCACUCUGGACCAGUUUACUGCUGCUAGCUUUAACAGCUCUACUGCUCUAGUACAGCUAUAUUCAGUGUUCUACACGUUAGCACUUUAUUAACUUGACUUAAUACAAAAAUAAAAUGACUUUAUACAAACCAGUGCCUUUACUGAAUGCUCAUUCAGUGCAACUUAUUGUCUGUCUUUGUGUUAAUGUCCCACCAAGAAGACCUUUUUUGGUUUUGCUGAACAAAAAUAAUGCUUGAACUACUGAUGUUUUUACAACAUGUGUAAAUAUUUUCAGAUUUUAUCUUUUUUUUUUUUACAGGAUUAUUGAAUUAUUUACAUAAUAAUAAAUUGUAUACCUUUUGUUACACUCUGUGUUGUCCAUUCUUGUUCUUGUCCAGUAAGGAACAGUUAUUCAAGGUUGACUUGAAGUCUCAUUAAGUCCCAUUUGAAACGUAUAUCACUUAUGCCUAGAACUAAGCCAUUAUUUAAUAUCAAGUAGUAUCAACCAUUCCAUGGAUGGAAUAACCUGGUCAUUCAGUUAAUUCAGGUAGUCAGCUGACCUCAUUCUUUUAGCACAUACUGUUG